CGAUGAUGACGAGCAGCCGGAACUCAGAAUAAGAAGUGAUGAAGACGUGACGACCUUUCUGCUCUCAGGAUAUUCACCAGAAUAUCAGCUGCUCCGCCUCCUGCUCCUCGCCGGCCGCCACGCUCAUCGAGCUCCAGCCCCUGAUGACGAGCCUCGAACUGCUGGCGAAGCGCGGCAAAGCCCGAGCGGACGGGACGGAGGCCCCCGAGCCGCCGGGCCCCCGGUGCCUGCAGACGGCCAGGGCCCGCCUCCUCAACGGAGUCUCCUACUUCUCUGGAGACAUGAAGGUGUUUGGAAAGUGGAUGGAAAAGCAGUUCUUCCUGCUGCAGCUGCUGGACUGGGUUCUGCGCGGCGCGGCUCAGGUGAUGCUCGUGAACAACCCUCUCAGCGGCCUCGUCAUCUUUGCGGGUCUCAUCCUGCAGAACUACUGGUGGGCUCUGAACGGCUUCGUGGGGACGCUCUUUGCCACCGUCUCCGCCCUCAUCCUGCAGCAGAACAGAGGUGCAAUAGCAUCCGGACUGUAUGGCUACAACGGCACCCUGGUGGGUCUCCUGAUGGCGGUGUUCUCCAACAAAGGAGACUGGUACUGGUGGCUGCUGCUCCCCAACGCCUUCAUGUCCAUGAUGUGCCCCAUCGUGUCCAGCGCCCUGGGGUCCAUACACAGCCGAUGGGAUCUGCCCGUGUUCACGCUGCCCUUCAACAUCCUGGUGUGUCUCCACAUGGUCGCCACGGGACACUUCAACCACCACUUCCCCCAAGUCCUCAUCCAGCCGCGCUCAGAGCUGGCCAACAUCACCUGGGCGGAGAUCGACGUAGCGCAGCUCUUCAUGUCGGUGCCCGUGGGAAUCGGCCAGGUCUACGGCUGCGACAACCCGUGGACCGGAGGAAUCUUCAUUAUCUCGCUGUUCAUCUCCUCCCCCAUCACCUGCACUCACGCCGUCCUGGGAUCUGCCGUGGGCAUGGUGUCAGGCUUGGCUCUGGCAGCACCGUUUGGAGACAUUUACUUUGGCCUCUGGGGAUACAACUGUGUGUUAGCCUGCAUCGCCAUCGGAGGAAUGUUCUACGCCCUCACCUGGCAGGUGCAUCUGCUUGCGAUCACAUGUGCUUUUUUCUGUGCAUACCUCGGCUCAGCCAUUGCCAAUCUCAUGUCCACGGUAAGGUUCUUCUCACUCUUCUAUUUAUCGGCCCAUAAUAAACACAAGUUCCUCACAGUUGCUUUCCAUCCACAGUUUGGCCUGCCCGCCUUCACCUGGCCGUUCUGCCUCUCCGCCCUCACCUUCCUCCUCUUAACCACGGAGACCAACAAGAUCUUCAAGCUGCCGCUGGCCAAGGUCACGUACCCCGAGAAAAACCUGGGCUUCUUCUGGAAGCUGAAGAAGCAGGAGAAAAUGGAAAAGACGAAGAAAGAGAAGGAAGAAAGAGAGGAGCAGAAGAACGCCAUCGAAGAAGAGAUAAUACAGAACGAGAAAGAGCAGCUGAGGCUAGAGCUCGAAAGAUCGGAAGAGCAGCGAGCGGCGAGCGAAGCAUCGGAGGGGAGAACUGAGGAGACGCGUGUGGAAGGCUUUGGACCCGGGGAAGGACCGCAGGGGGCGGAAGACUUGAGGCACGGUGACCUCACCGAGGUCACGGUGUCCGAGGCCGUUUAAUACGGCGCAUGCAGCGGGAGAGACACACCGAGGAUGGAGGCGAACACACCAUCUGGCUUAAAUUGGCAUCCUCCAAAAAAACAUCACACCACCAACCACGGAUAUGCCCUUCAGCAGGGUUCUGACACGUGUGGACCGAUGGAUCUACAGGACUUUAAACCAAAUGUCCAUGACCAAACUGAAAUCUCGGUAUAAACAUGAAAAAUUUAGAAUUUGUUGACAUUGAGAGCAGAGCGUACGCCGGCUUAUAUUUUGACCGUCUUUCUUAAAAAACAUAUUAAUUAUUUCAAUACUCCAGGAGGAGGAGUCAAGACAAAUCCUGCUGCCCAACAUUUAUCAACUUGCCACAACCUGAGGGGCAUCGAAUGACCUCCACACACACACACGUGUUUGUUGACAUGUAAUUAUGAUACUGUGUAUAUAUAUAUAGAUAAAUAUAUAUAUCAAUAUCAAUAUUAUAUAAUAAUUGUUAUGUUAAUGUGCAUAUUAAUUAUUGUGUACUCUUGUAUUUUGAUGCUUAAGCAACAUUUAAAAUGUCAUAAUCAUUUCUGUGGAAAUGUUGUUUGUGGCCAUAAUCUAAUCUAAUAAAGUAUAUAUGAGAUUAGCAACCGACACAUGAGUCUUGCAUGCUUUCUAAUAACUGCAAAAGGUCUCGAUGGAACUCUGCUAAACGCUUCAACUUUAACUAAACAAUAAGCUCAGCAACUAAAAGAUCUGGCAUAGGGCGAAGGUAGGGUCACCUGGACAGGUCAGAGGUCAUCUCAGGGCUCAUAUAGAGACAGACAACCAUUCACAUUCACACCGACGGGACAUUUAGAGAUCAAUUCACCUGCUGCAUGUCUUUGGACUGUGGGAGGAAGCCGGAGAGGAUGGACAGGUGUCAUAGAUGUCAUGUGACCAGAAGGAAUCAUUACACACACAUUAAAACACAGGAACAACACAAUGAAGAUGACAGAGUGGAUGAAGAGUUGGUAGUCGGCAUAUUCCACCAUCCAGACCUCCACGGUCCAUCAGGUGGAGGUAGA